CAUUUGACCUCCGACUACCAUGUCCAGCAGCCUUGUAUCUCUGUAUGAAGACCUUCAGCGCUCCUUCAACUCGGUACCGUCGGAUCUUAAACGAUGUGGAGCUUUGCUUUCUCAGCUCAAGAUUGGAUUGAUUGAAGCAGGCUUGUUUAUACCCCAGGGGGAUCCUGUCCCUAGAGACCUAGUUAUCGCUCGCGACAUCCUCGAAAUCGGCGCAAUUUGGAGUAUACGAUCACGAGACGAGCCCUCCUUUGACCGAUACUUUUCUCAGCUACAGACGUUUUAUAACGAUUACAGCUCUUUCCUGCCACCGUCAAAACGAGAAUUCCCAAUCCGUGGACUCAACCUCAUCCGUCUUCUCACUCAGAAUCGCAUAGCAGAUUUCCACACCACUCUCGAAAGCCUUCCACUUCCUGCAGAUGCCAUUAGCGACAACCCAUAUAUCAGCCACCCAGUAAAUCUCGAGCGGUGGUUAAUGGAGGGAAGCUACAGCAAGGUGUGGAAUGCAAGGGCUGAGGCACCCGCAGAAGAGUACAAGUACUUUGUAGACAGCUUAAUUGGAACUAUCCGGAAUGAGAUCGCAAGCUGUGAAGAAUCCGCAUAUAACAGUCUUCCCUUGAAGGACGCUGCUCUUCUCCUCUUCUUUUCAUCACAGUCGGAGCUUCUGGCAUUUGCGCAACAAAGGGGCUGGGAGAUAGAUCUGACUGGCGCUACCAUUACGUUUGCACGCAAGGGCGAGGAGCAACUAGAAAUCCCAAGACAGAAGCUGAUUGCAGCUUCACUGGCCUACGCGCGGGAACUAGAGCAAAUAGUGUAGACGGUACAAUUCUAAAUGCAUUG